UGGUGGCUUCAACACAGCGCCCCUAUCAGUCAUCUAGUGUUCGUGUAUGUGAUCAUCUGACCAAAAGUCAGAGACACCACUAUGAUGACACACCAAAUGUGUUUGAUGGAUCCUUUUGGUCUUCUUCUAAUGUCUCUUAAUGGUAAUCUAAAAGUAACUGAAAGUAGCCUAAUUAGAUUAAGUUACUGAGUUUGGGUAAUCAAAAAUUACGUUAUUGAUUACAAUGUUGGACAGGUAACAAGUAACUAACGGAUUACAUUUAGAAAGUUCCCUACCCAACCUUGCCUUUAGGGUACUUUUUUUAAACCACAUCACACAAUAGGCUACAUCUCCAGUGUACUGUGCAGUAGGCCUAUUUGCAAAUUGCACGCAACAUAUCCAAGAAAUUGGAUUGUACUAGACUAAUCAGUGGAUUGAUUCAGGGCCACAACAGGCACCUUUUAUAGUCUACAGGAAUAUUGAUGUGGUUUCAAAAAUGUAAAAGUAUGCGAGGGCUUGCCAUGGUGUAUGUCGCGUAUCUCUAGCUCCCCUGUAGGCUUGGGUAACCAAAGAGCAUUGAAAUAAAGGGAGCCGUCGAACUAGUCUGGCUACUACUCUCUCCCCGGUACGGAAACCGGUUGCUGUCAGAAUACGGCACAACCUAAUUAUUUAAUUUCAAGGGAGACAAAUUUACUUUAAAUUCGGGAGUUCGUAAAGCCUACUACACAGGUGAAGAAGUAGAAAGUUGUGACACGACCAACCUCACAUCAGAGCGGCGCCCGAGAUUAUCGUGAAUUUAUUUGGAGUGCAGUAGCUCUGGAAAACAACCAGAAAAAUAGUGUGAGGAGGGGGAAGAGGGAAAAAGAACAAGACCAUGGCUCUGAUUAAGCUGCAGAAUGUGGAGGACUACUAUGAGAUUGGAGAGGUGCUUGGCAGUGGUCACUUUGGGCAAGUGCGUGCGGUGCUGGAGCGGGCGUCCAAGGUCCACUGGGCGGGGAAGUUCCUGAAGCUGCGUCGGAGCGCCAGUAGCCGCCUGGGCCUGGAGAGGAAGAGUGUGGAGAAGGAGGUGGAGAUACUGCAGAGCCUGCAGCACGCCAACGUCAUGGCCCUCAGGGAUGUGUUUGAGAGUCGCGCCGAGGUGGUGCUCAUCGUGGAGCUUAUCAGUGGUGGGGAGCUGUUUGAUUUCAUAGCAGAGAAGGAGAGCCUGUCUGAGGAGGAGGCCAUAGAGUUCUUGAAGCAGAUCCUCAUGGGAGUGGGCUUUAUGCACACUAAGAACAUUGCCCACUUUGACCUCAAGCCAGAGAACAUCAUGCUGGCUGACAAGACGAUGCCACACUCCCACAUCAAGAUCAUUGACUUUGGACUGGCCCAUCGCCUCAAACAGGGGGAGGAGUACAGGAGCCUAUCUGGAACCCCACAGUACAUCGCCCCUGAGGUGAUUAACUACGAACCCCUGAGCGAGGCAGCCGACAUUUGGAGUAUUGGUGUGAUAACCUACAUAUUGUUGAGUGGUUUGUCCCCCUUUCAAGGAGAUAAUGACGAGGAGACACUAAAGAAUAUCGUGGGGAUGAUCUAUGAGUUUGAAGAGAACUAUUUCACCCAGACCAGCGCCAUGGCCAAAGACUUCAUUGAGAAACUGCUGGUCAAAGACCCAAUAGAGAGAAUGACAGCGGAUGAAUGUCUAGUACACCCUUGGAUCAAGCCCCUCACACGCAAACAGGUGGAUAACAGAAGUCGAUCGUCCAUCAACAUGAAAAGCUUCAAGAAGUUCAACGCCAAAAGGAAAUGGAAGAUGUCAUAUAACAUGGUGUGGGCGUGUAACAGAUUAUUUCGCCUGCAGUUGCAGUGUAAAAGCAGGUCCCAGGUGGACCCAGAACUGAGGCAGUGUGAGAGCGACCAGGAGGACACGGAGACCAAGCCUGCUUCUCUCAUUCGCCGCAGACUCAGCAGCAGUUCCUAAAGAAGACCACUGGGGUCACUAACACAGCCUCAGACCACCACUAUCCAUCCCACCAUGGGGAAACGGAGAGAAGCCUUUUGUGAGUGCACCAGUCAACAAUAGUCUGAGUUACAGAAUGACUGACUAUGCCAGUGACAAUACGAGUAACGAACCCGUGAUGUGCAGGUGCCUAAAGCCAGUGUUAGUCCACAGAGUUGAAUCUUAAUGUCUCAGACACGGUUCCUGAUCAAACCACUGUAGUUUACCAAACUGCUUCUGUUACACUUCACCCCCAUUUGACCUAGCAUUUGCCUGUGCCUUUUAUGUAUUUGCCUGUGCCUUUUAUGCAUUUGCCUGUGCCUUUUAUGCAUUUGCCUGUGCCUUUUAUGCAUUUGCCUGUGCCUUUUAUGCAUUUGCCUGUGCCUUUUAUGCAUUUGCCUGUGCCUUUUAUGCAUUUGCCUGUGCCUUUUAUGCAUUUGCCUGUGCCUUUUAUGCAUUUGCCUGUGCCUUUUAUGCAUUUGCCUGUGCCUUUUAUGCAUUUGCCUGUGCCUUUUAUGCAUUUGCCUGUGCCUUUUAUGUAUUUGCCUGUGCCUUUUAUGCAUUUGCCUGUGCCUUUUAUGCAUUUGCCUGUGCCUUUUAUGCAUUUGCCUGUGCCUUUUAUGCAUUUGCCUGUGCCUUUUAUGCAUUUGCCUGUGCCUUUUAUGCAUUUGCCUGUGCCUUUUAUGCAUUUGCCUGUGCCUUUUAUGUAUUUGCCUGUGCCUUUUAUGCAUUUGCCUGUGCCUUUUAUGCAUUUGCCUGUGCCUUUUAUGCAUUUGCCUGUGCCUUUUAUGUAUUUGCCUGUGCCUUUUAUGUAUUUGCCUGUGCCUUUUAUGUAUUUGCCUGUGCCUUUUAUGUAUUUGCCUGUGCCUUUUAUGUAUUUGCCUGUGCCUUUUAUGUAUUUGCCUGUGCCUUUUAUGCAUUUGCCUGUGCCUUUUAUGUAUUUGCCUGUGCCUUUUAUGUAUUUGCCUGUGCCUUUUAUGUAUUUGCCUGUGCCUUUUAUGCAUUUGCCUGUGCCUUUUAUGUAUUUGCCUGUGCCUUUUAUGCAUUUGCCUGUGCCUUUUAAGUUUGACACAUUUAUUUUCUGAAAAUGCCAAAACUUUUGUUUUGGUGCACGGGAUAGAGUUUGUCACACUUAUAGCUAACCUCGGUUGCAAUUAUUAUGCCUUACAAUAUUAUGUGGUUAUUAUUUAGCCUCCGCCACAUGUUCCGAUAUUUUUGACUGCUGUAUGCCUGUCAAAGGUCAAGACUAUUCCAAACUCAUUUUUAUUUGAGUUUGAGACAUUUGCAUUUCAUACAAUUAACUAGAAAAAGUACUUGGUAACUCAAAUGUUAAUUGAGUGUUUCACAUGAAAUUAGGGAACUAUACAAGCCAUACAAUUGGAAAUAGAAGGCCUGUUUUUCUAAUUCUGCCUUUAAGUGGAUACAUCAUUUGUGUCAGAAUGUAGAUAUAAGUUUAUACAGAGCUACUGUACUGUACACAGCUACAGCCGUGUUUGAUAGUGUUUGGCACUGACAUGUAAUGUAGUCUUAGUGUGUAGGGCCCUUAAAAGCCUUAUCAAACUUCAUCUUCAAUAUACUUUAUUGAACAUUUCAACUAUCUUUGGCUUAUGUCAAAGGUCAAUUUUAUAGUCGUUUUUGAAAGGGAAAGCUACUUUAUGUGGUGUAGGCUUUUUUUAUAUGUAAUAAUGAGAGUUUAAUACUGACAACAACCAUGUUUUGUGAAUUGUGUGAUGGUGAAUAAGAAAAUGUUAGUCUAUGAUGUUAAAGCUAUUACAGUAUAUACACAUUUGUUACUUUGAAAGCACACAAUUUUUUAAAGACAGCAGACUACUUGCACUGGUUGAGUUAUCAGUUUCUGUGGCACAUGAUGAGGUCAAGAUAGUCAGUGAACUGCAACCUGUAUCUAACUUGACCACUGCGAACCUAUCACAAUUAUUGUAAAAGUUCAUUGUAACAGACAAAUGGAUUAGAAGAAGUGAGGCCUACAAACUUCAGUCUUUCAGUUAUUUUUCUAAAUGUUCUAAAUUGGUUCCAGGCUGUCAACCUCAUAUUCUUAUGGAAGCGUGAGGAAUUGUUGCCAUUUUCCUCUGGGUUUAUACAAGGGUAUAGAGGUUUUGAAACGGGGUUGAGUAGUUGGCCCUUCCAAGAUGAGCAGGAUCCAAGGAGUCAGCAGCAUUCUUGGAGAGAUUGGGCCAAGGAAAUAAAGAGCUUUCACACACUGUAAAUUCCUGAAUCUGCCCAUGCCCUCUCUCCUUCCAAUGUGCAUCCUACAGAGCACAUGCCCGUUGCCAUAGAGGAUUCACAAACAGACGCACUCGAGCAUGCAAGAGAGGUGAGUUUGGAAUUAGGCAACCAUUAAAAUUAACGGUGCAUAAUAUAAUAAGUGUUCAAGGUGUUCAGUAUAUUUGUAAUUCGCACGCAUGAACACCCACACAUACAGUACAUAAAGGUGAGAGGAGAUGCGUAAACAGCCAUGUCUAGCGAAACUGAGUAACAGGCUACAACACUUACGGC